AUGCAGGAAGAUCAAGGCACGCAGGGAGCAGGUGGCUCGCCCUUGUCGGCGCGCUCGCCUUCACGUGCGCGCAAGCAUGCGGCCACCGCGGCCCGGCUGCUGGCAGGCGCGCUCUUCUGGUGCGCGCUGGGCGCGCUGUGCUUUGCCGGCUUUGGCAUCGGCCGCCUGCAGUGCGGCGGCGACGUGCGCGGCUGCUUCCGGCACCCGCUGCAUGCAUUUGGCCCUGGGCCUACAGAGGACAACGCUGCACCACUGAGAGUGUCCCAGGCACUGGCUGUCUCGGGCGAGGCCUCCUUCUCGACAGUCCAGCAAAAGUGCGCGAGCGCGGUGGACGCGAUUCCGCGCGUGGCGUUGCUUUUCCUCACGCGCGGCGCGCUGUGGCACGAGGCGCUGUGGCGGGAGUGGUUCGCGCACGCCGCGGGACUGGUGCCGGCCGACGUCAUCCGCGCCGGCAACUGCUCCUCGCAGAUUUUCUCGACCAUGGCCGCCUGGUGCUCUGUCAAGGAGCCGAUAGGAAACGCCAUUGGCGCGCAGCACCUCUUCAGUGUCUACGUGCACACGCAGCCCGGCUUUAUAGGCUUCCCGGUGGGCAGCCUGUUCUUCGGCACGGAGCUGCCGGUGCACGUGAAGGCGACCUGGGGAGGCUUUGAUCUGGUGGACGCCACAAAAGAGCUGCUGCGCGCAGCGCUGACGGACGAGCGCAACAAGAAGCUGAUGCUGGUCAGCGAGUCAUGCAUCCCCCUGUACCCGCCCACGCUCAUCUACCAGCAGCUCAUGAGCGAGCCCAAGAGCCGCAUCAACGCCUGCCCCCACCGGCACAUGAUGCCGUGGCGGUGGCACCCCCGGAUGGCGCGCGGGGAGCAGGUGCGCAUAACGCCGCGGCUGUGGCGCAAGACGAGCCAGUGGUUUGCCAUCGAGCGCGGCCUCGCGCGGAUCAUCGCCGACGACACCGCCGUGGCCGACCUCUUCCGCGAGACAUGCGUGGAGGUGGAAAUGGACGAGGAGCUGGACAGGAAGUUUGAGUGCUACAGUGACGAGCACUACAUGCCGGUGCUGCUCGCGUACGCGGGCAAGCAGGAGGAGACCGACUGCACGGGGUUGAUAAUGAACGUGGACUGGGAGGAGGGGGGGCCCCACCCCAUCUCCUACCACCCGGACAACGUCACUGAGGCCACCAUGCGCCAGCUGCGCAAGCCGGAGCAGUGCGACUCUGCCGCCGCACUCAGGCUGACCAAGGAGAUGUUUGUGCGCGCGGGGGCGCCGGCGUCUGCGGGGCUGUGCACAGAGGAGAGCCCCUGGUCGAAUCGGCUGCUGGCGCCGUCCUGCCCCCUCUUUGCGCGCAAAUUCAGCGAUGCCACCGCAGAUGCGGUGUUCCAGCUACUGACCGACUGCCGCGCUCGUCUGGACAUUGCGGCCUGCCGCCAAUCUCCCGAUGAGCGCGUUCUGCCACUCUGACUUUGAGCCAUUCCACUUUGGAGGUGGUUUUGGAGGCACAGAGAAAUCGCAGCAUUCUUUUCAUUCUUGAUUUCAAGAAACACAUGUAGCUGUUGAACAAUUGACUUGUAGCUAGAACGAAUGUCGUGAGAUUCACCUGAACUUGAUGUACUGGCAGAGGCCGGUGCAGUCCAAAUCCCCAUUUUAUUAGCACUGCUACAGACUGGUCCUGGUUGUGCAUGAUUUUUUAUGGGUUCAGACUGUGAAGACUGCAUUACUUCAUCAAGGUGAGCUUAAGUAUUACUUCUGAGACCUUGAGAUUGGUAUCUCUGAAAUUUUUUGGUCUUGUGCAACAAAGAUUCCCACUAGGAACUGGUGCCAUUUAUCUCAAAUUAGCUGUAGGGAACUGGUAGAUGUGCAGUACAGCAGGUUGCUAUUAUAAUAUUGCAAUUACAGUGCUCUAUGCUAGCAUGCGCUGGUUGUCCCAUGCACUGUUGCUGGGACUGAUGUCAACAGCUGUUCCGAC